AUGUACCAAAACAUACACGCUUUCGUCUCACUAAUACUCAAAAUUAUUACAUUUUGCCUAUUUUAGCACGUGGGUCCUCUCCGUUAGGAGGUUUGACAGGUGUACAAGUACCAACACUGUAUUCCAGCAUUUAACCUCAUCAAUCUCUUGAACUGCUGGAUCAACGGAUACUAAUUAGCUUAAAAGAUGAAUUAAGAUGUGUUUCCCUGAUUGAAGUGGCACAUGAAUAGAUGCGAAACUUGCAGAAUAGGGAGGGGACCCCCCUCCCCCAUGCCUCAUGCCCCUAUAUAAAGUGCAACUCUUCCUCUCAUGACCCCUCCUAACUACAACAAACAUCAUCUUUCCCUUGUCUUAGCUUGUUCAAAUAUGAACACCCUCGCACAACACCACUCUCAAUACCCCUCUUUCUCUUCCACCCUCCUCGAUAAGAUUUACCGCUCCAUUGACGAAGGACAAACCACACACACCACACCCAUUCACAGCAAGGUUACAACAACAACAACAACGCGUCACCAUCGUCAUCAUCUUCAUCACAACAACUUCACUACUUCUUCUGAAUCUACUAGUUCUAGCUCAGGAGGCUUGUCUUCUUCCUCCUCCUGCUUCGCGCGUUCCCGGCCUAAGCCUGUCAGAACAACCUCCAUCGAUGAUGGUGAGGAGGUCUUCAUCAAGUCCAAAUCCAGGGCCCUCAAAAUCUACAACAACCUCAAGAAGGUGAAGCAACCAAUUUCACCCGGUGGAAGGCUCACCACUUUUCUCAAUUCUCUCUUCAACACAGCCACCAAUUCCAAGAAAACUACCAAACCGGCUCCUUCUUCUUCUUCUUCUUACUAUGAUGCCACCGCACACACAAAAGCUUCUUCCACGUGUUCCUCUGCCUCCUCUUUCUCGCGCUCUUGUUUGAGCAAGACUACUUCAUCUUCCUCCAGAGACAACAACAACAAUGGUGUCAAGAGAACGGUCAGAUUCUACCCCGUGAGUGUGAUCGUCGGUGAAGAUAGCAGGCCCUGUGGCCACAAAUGCUUGUACGAAGAAGAACAAGUGUCUGUGUCGGUUCCCACAGCAUGGAAGAUUGGACGGUCAUCUUCAAAGAAGAGCGACAAAGAGCUCAAGUUUCCGGCUAUGGAAAAGAGAGAUUUUGACGAUGAUGAUGAUGAGGAUGAUGAUGCUGCAAGUGAUUCAAGUUCUGAUCUUUUUGAACUCGAUCACCUAGCGGUAAUUGGGAAUCAUCAUCAUCAUAGGUACUGUGAGGAGCUUCCGGUUUAUGAGACCACUCAUGUUACUACUAAUCGCGCCAUUGCUAAUGGCCUCUUAAUGUAGUUUAGUGUUAUGUUAUUAUGCUCCGUAAAAUGUAUAGGGUACAACACAGAGUCUGUUCUGUUUUCUAGUUGCUUUUUCUUACUAAGCUUGGAUUCUAAUUUCUAAUUUCUGUUUUGUUUGUUAUUGCCAAUUGGAAAAAACCACAAUACAUUCCGAUGUUUGUUUCUCCUCAACUCAGAUAUUGAUUCCAUCAUUUCUGGACCCGAUGAAAUUGAGAGUAGUAAUUAAUCUGAUACAAAAUAAGAAGAUUUAAAAAAGAUUUUAUGA